AUGAAGCGAUUAAUUGUUCUUAUCAUCUCAACCGUCAUAACACUCGGACACUCGUACCGACCGCCCAUUAUCCAAGGAACGGAAGCAAAUCCUCACGAGUUUCCCUACCAAGUGUCAUUGCAGUGGAACUUUAACAAUGGAUCACGUCCAAUGCACCUCUGCUCCGGGUCCAUCAUCAACCGGGAAUGGAUUCUAACCGCAGCGCAUUGUGGCGAAGAAGUCAUAGAACAAGGUUGGUUCGAAAUUGUUGCCGGCGUGAACAACAUUGUCGAUGAAAAGUCCGGAGCACAGCGACGAAACGUGUCGCGUUUCGUUCAACACCCGGCAUACAAUUUAUCCACCAUUAAAAGCGACAUCGCAGUGAUGCUCCUGUCGGAACCUUUGCACCUGAAUCGGCACAUUAAAACGAUGAGAUUGGCAACGGGUAGCACAUUGAUUCUGCAGACGCACGCCAAGUUUGCCGGUUGGGGUUCGAUCUCCAACACGACGGAAAACAUUUUCCCCGAUGAGCUAAUGAAAGUAACGCUGCCUCUGCGUACGCUGGAAGAGUGUAAUGGGAUGGGUAACGUCGAUCAGACGCAAAUUUGUGCUGGUGGCUAUCGGAAUGUUACCGGCUGCACUGCGGACUCGGGCGGACCGCUGACGGUAAACAUUGACGGCGAGCAGGUUCAAAUUGGAGUGCUUUCUUUCGGCGAAAAACCAUGCCUGGCAAGGGAACCGGUCGUGUUUACGAGCGUUUUGUACUUCUACGAAUGGAUUCAAACUGCGAUCGAGGAGGAAUGA